CGCGGGGAGGAGGAGGAGCCGCGGAGGGGCCCGCACUGCAGCGCCAGCGUCCGAGCGGGCGGCCGAGCUCCCGGAGCGGCCUGGCUCCGAGCCCCGAGCGGGCGUCGCUCAGCAGCAGGUCGCGGCCGCAGCCCCAUCCAGCCCCGCGCCCGCCAUGCCGUCCGCCGACCCCGCCUGAGCCGCGGCCGCAGCCCCAUCCAGCCCCGCGCCCGCCAUGCCGUCCGCCGACCCCGCCUGAGCCGCGGCCUCCGCGCGCGGGCGGGCCUGGGGACGGCGGGGCCAUGCGCGCGCUGCCCUAACGAUGCCGCCCGCCGCGCCCGUGCGCCUGGCGCUGGCCCUGGGCCUGGGCCUGUGGCUCGGGGUGCUGGCGGGGGGCCCCGGGCGCGGCUGCGGGCCCUGCGAGCCCCCCUGCCUCUGCGGUCCAGCGCCCGGCGCCGCCUGCCGCGUGAACUGCUCGGGCCGCGGGCUGCGGACGCUCGGUCCCGCGCUGCGCAUCCCCGCGGACGCCACAGCGCUAGACGUCUCCCACAACCUGCUCCGGGCGCUGGACGUUGGGCUCCUGGCGAACCUCUCGGCGCUGGCAGAGCUGGAUAUAAGCAACAACAAGAUUUCUACGUUAGAAGAAGGAAUAUUUGCUAAUUUAUUUAAUUUAAGUGAAAUAAACCUGAGUGGGAACCCGUUUGAGUGUGACUGUGGCCUGGCGUGGCUGUCGCGAUGGGCGGAGGAGCAGCAGGUGCGGGUGGUGCAGCCCGAGGCAGCCACGUGUGCUGGGCCUGGCUCCCUGGCUGGCCAGCCUCUGCUUGGCAUCCCCUUGCUGGACAGUGGCUGUGGUGAGGAGUAUGUCGCCUGCCUCCCUGACAACAGCUCAGGCACCGUGGCAGCAGUGUCCUUUUCAGCUGCCCACGAAGGCCUGCUUCAGCCAGAGGCCUGCAGCGCCUUCUGCUUCUCCACCGGCCAGGGCCUCGCAGCCCUGUCGGAGCAGGGCUGGUGCCUGUGUGGGGCGGCCCAGCCCUUCAGUGCCUCCUUCGCCUGCCUGUCCCUCUGCUCCGGCCCCCCGCCGCCUCCCGCCCCCACCUGUAGGGGCCGCACCCUCCUCCAGCACGUCUUCCCUGCCUCCCCAGGGGCCGCCCUGGUGGGGCCCCACGGACCCCUGGCCUCUGGCCGGCUAGCAGCCUUCCACAUCGCUGCCCCGCUCCCUGUCACUGCCACACGCUGGGACUUCGGAGACGGCUCCCCCGAGGUGGAUGCCGCUGGGCCGGCUGCCUCGCAUCGCUGUGUGCUGCCUGGGCGCUAUCACGUGACGGCCGUGCUGGCCCUGGGGGCCGGCUCAGCCCUGCUGGGGACGGACGUGCAGGUGGAAGCGGCACCUGCCACCCUGGAGCUCGUGUGCCCGUCCUCGGUGCAGAGUGACGAGAGCCUCGACCUCAGCAUCCGGAACCGCGGUGGUUCAGGCCUGGAGGCCGCCUACAGCAUCGUGGCCCUGGGCGAGGAGCCGGCCCGAGCGGUGCACCCGCUCUGCCCCUCGGACACGGAGAUCUUCCCUGGCAGCGGGCACUGCUACCGCCUGGUGGUGGAGAAGGCGGCCUGGCUGCAGGCGCAGGAGCAGUGUUGGGCCUGGGCCAGGGCCGCCCUGGCAAUGGUGGACAGUCCCGCCGUGCAGCGCUUCCUGGUCUCCCGGGUCACCAGGAGCCUAGACGUGUGGAUCGGCUUCUCGACUGUGCAGGGGGUGGAGGUGGGCCCAGCGCCGCAGGGCGAGGCCUUCAGCCUGGAGAGCUGCCAGAACUGGCUGCCCGGGGAGCCACACCCAGCCACAGCCGAGCACUGCGUCCGGCUCCGGCCCACCGGGUGGUGUAACACCGACCUGUGCUCAGCGCCGCACAGCUACGUCUGCGAGCUGCGGCCUGGAGGCCCAGUGCAGGAUGCCGAGAACCUCCUGGUGGGAGCGCCCAGUGGGGACCUGCAGGGACCCCUGACGCCUCUGGCACAGCAGGACGGCCUCUCAGCCCCGCACGAGCCCGUGGAGGUCAUGGUAUUCCCGGGCCUGCGUCUGAGCCGUGAAGCCUUCCUCACCACGGCCGAAUUUGGGACCCAGGAGCUCCGGCGGCCCGCCCAGCUGCGGCUGCAGGUGUACCGGCUCCUCAGCACAGCAGGGACCCCGGAGAACGGCAGCGAGCCUGAGAGCAGGUCCCCGGAGAACAGGACCCAGCUGGCCCCCGCGUGCAUGCCAGGGGGACGCUGGUGCCCUGGAGCCAACAUCUGCUUGCCGCUGGACGCCUCCUGCCACCCCCAGGCCUGCGCCAAUGGCUGCACGUCAGGGCCAGGGCUACCCGGGGCUCCCUAUGCGCUAUGGAGAGAGUUCCUCUUCUCUGUUCCCGCGGGGCCCCCCGCGCAGUACUCGGUCACCCUCCAUGGCCAGGAUGUCCUCAUGCACCCUGGUGACCUCGUUGGCUUGCAGCACGAUGCUGGCCCUGGCGCCCUCCUGCACUGCUCGCCGGCUCCCGGCCACCCUGGUCCCCAGGCCCCCUACCUCUCCGCCAACGCCUCGUCAUGGCUGCCCCACUUGCCAGCCCAGCUGGAGGGCACUUGGGCCUGCCCUGCCUGUGCCCUGCGGCUGCUUGCAGCCACGGAACAGCUCACCGUGCUGCUGGGCCUGAGGCCCAACCCUGGGCUGCGGCUGCCUGGGCGCUAUGAGGUCCGGGCAGAGGUGGGCAAUGGCGUGUCCAGGCACAACCUGUCCUGCAGCUUUGACGUGGUCUCCCCAGUGGCUGGGCUGCGGGUCAUCUACCCUGGCCCCCGCGACGGCCGCCUCUACGUGCCCACCGACGGCUCAGCCUUGGUGCUGCAGGUGGACUCUGGUGCCAACGCCACAGCCAUGGCUCGCUGGCCCGGGGGCAGUGUCAGCGCCCGCUUUGAGAAUGCCUGCCCUGCCCUGGUGGCCACCUUCGUGCCCGGCUGCCCCUGGGAGACCAAUGAUACCCUGUUCUCAGUGGUAGCACUGCCGUGGCUCAGUGAGGGGGAGCACGUGAUGGACGUUGUGGUGGAAAACAGUGCCAGCGGGGCCAACCUCAGCCUGCGGGUGACGGCGGAGGAGCCCAUCUGUGGCCUCCGCACCACGCCCAGCCCCGAGGCCCGUGUGCUGCAGGGAGUCCUAGUGAGGUACAGCCCCGUGGUGGAGGCCGGCUCGGACAUGGUCUUCCGGUGGACCAUCAACGACAAGCAGUCCCUGACCUUCCAGAACGUGGUCUUCAAUGUCAUUUAUCAGAGCGCGGUGGUCUUCAAUGUCAUUUAUCAGAGCGCGGCGGUCUUCAAGCUCUCACUGACGGCCUCCAACCACGUGAGCAACGUCACUGUGAACUACAACGUCACCGUGGAGCGGAUGAACAGGAUGCAGGGCCUGCGGGUCUCCACAGUGCCGGCCGUGCUCCCCAAUGCCACGCUGGCACUGACGGCGGGCGUGCUGGUGGACUCGGCCGUGGAGGUGGCCUUCCUGUGGACCUUUGGGGAUGGGGAGCAGGCCCUCCACCAGUUCCAGCCUCUGUGCAACGAGUCCUUCCCGGUUCCAGACCCUUCGGUGGCCCAGGUGCUGGUGGAGCACAAUGUCACGCACACCUAUGCUGCCCCAGGUGAGUACGUCCUGACCGUGCUGGCAUCUAAUGCCUUCGAGAACCGGACGCAGCAGGUGCCUGUGAGCGUGCGCGCCUCCCUGCCCUCCAUGGCUGUGGGUGUGAGUGAUGGCGUCCUGGUGGCCGGCCGGCCCGUCACCUUCUACCCGCACCCGCUGCCCUCGCCUGGGGGUGUACUUUACACGUGGGACUUCGGGGACGGCUCCCCUGUCCUGACCCAGAGCCAGCCGGCUGCCAACCACACCUAUGCCUCGAGGGGCACCUACCACGUGCGCCUGGAGGUCAACAACACGGUGAGCGGUGCGGCGGCCCAGGCGGAUGUGCGCGUCUUUGAGGAGCUCCGCGGGCUCAGCGUGGACAUGAGCCUGGCCGUGGAGCAGGGCGCCCCCGUGGUGGUCAGCGCCGCGGUGCAGACGGGCGACAACAUCACGUGGACCUUCGACAUGGGGGACGGCACCGUGCCAUCGGGCCCGGAGGCCACAGUGGAGCAUGUGUACCUGCGGGCACAGAACUGCACAGUGACCGUGGGUGCGGCCAGCCCCGCCGGCCACCUGGCCCGGAGCCUGCACGUGCUGGUCUUCGUCCUGGAGGUGCUGCGCGUCGAGCCUGCCGCCUGCAUCCCCACGCAGCCUGACACGCAGCUCACGGCCUACGUCACCGGGAACCCGGCCCACUACCUCUUUGACUGGACCUUUGGGGAUGGCUCCUCCAACACGACCGUGCGGGGGUACCCGACGGUGACACACAACUUCACGCAGAGUGGCACGUUCCCCCUGGCGCUGGUGCUGUCCAGCCGCGUGAACAGGGCGCAUUACUUCACCAGCAUCUGCGUGGAGCCAGAGGUGGGCAACGUCACCCUGCAGCCAGAGAGGCAGUUUGUGCAGCUUGGGGACGAGGCCCGGCUGGUGGCAUGUGCCUGGCCCCCGUUCCCCUACCGCUAUACCUGGGACUUUGGCACUGAGGAAGCCGCCCCCGCCCGCCGGGGGCCUGAGGUGACGUUCAUCUACCGAGACCCAGGCUCCUAUCUUGUGACAGUCACCGUGUCCAACAACAUCUCCGCUGCCAAUGACUCAGCCCUGGUGGAGGUGCAGGAGCCCGUGCUGGUCACCAGCAUCAAGGUCAGUGGCUCCCUUGGGCUGGAGCUGCAGCAGCCCUACCUGUUCUCUGCUGUGGGCCGUGGGCGCCCCGCCAGCUACCUGUGGGAUCUGGGGGAUGGUGGGCGGCUCGAGGGUCCGGAGGUCACCCACGCUUACAACAGCACAGGUGACUUCACCGUUAGGGUGGCCGGCUGGAAUGAGGUGAGCCGCAGCGAGGCGUGGCUCAAUGUGACGGUGAGGCGGCGCGUGCGGGGACUCGUCGUCAAUGCCAGCCGCACAGUGGUGCCCCUGAAUGGGAGCGUGAGCUUCAGCACCUCGCUGGAGGCCGGCAGUGAUGUGCGCUAUUCCUGGGUGCUCUGUGACCGCUGCACGCCCAUCCCUGGGGUUCCUACCAUCUCUUACACCUUCCGCUCCGUGGGCACCUUCAAUAUCAUCGUCACGGCUGAGAACGAGGUGGGCUCCACUCAGGACAGCAUCUUCGUCUAUGUCCUGCAGCUCAUAGAGGGGCUGCAGGUGGUGGGCGGUGGCCGCUACUUCCCCACCAACCACACGGUACAGCUGCAGGCCGUGGUCAGGGACGGCACCAACAUAUCCUACAGCUGGACUGCCUGGAGGGACAGGGGCCCGGCCCUGGCCGGCAGCGGCAAAGGCUUCUCGCUCACCGCGCUUGGGGCCAGCACCUACCAUGUGCAGCUGCGGGCCACCAACAUGCUGGGCAGCGCCUGGGACAACUGCACCGUGGACUUCGUGGAGCCUGUGGGGUGGCUGAUGGUGGCCGCCUCCCCGAACCCAGCUGCCGUCAACACAAGCGUCACCCUCAGUGCCGAGCUGGCUGGUGGCAGUGGUGUCGUAUACACUUGGUCCUUGGAGGAGGGGCUGAGCUGGGAGACCCCCGAGUCAUUUACCACCCACAGCUUCCCCACACCCGGCCUGCACUUGGUCACCAUGACGGCAGGGAACCCGCUGGGCUCAGCCAAUGCCACUGUGUAAGUGGAUGUGCAGGUGCCUGUGAGUGGCCUCAGCAUCAGGGCCAGCGAGCCGGGAGGCAGCUUCGUGGUGGCCGGGUCCUCUGUGCUCUUUUGGGGGCAGCUGGCCACGGGCACCAAUGUGAGCUGGUGCCGGGCUGUGCCUGGCGGAAGCAGCAAGCAUGGCUCUCAUGUCACCAUGGUCUUCCCGGAUGCUGGCACCUUUUCCAUCCGGCUCAAUGCCUCCAACGCAGUCAGCUGGGUCUCAGCCACGUACAACCUCAUGGUGGAGGAGCCCAUCGUGGGCCUGGUGCUGUGGGCCAGCAGCAAGGUGGUGGCGCCCGGGCAGCUUGUCCAUUUUCAGAUCCUGCUGGCUGCCGGCUCAGCUGUCACCUUCCGCCUGCAGGUCGGCGGGGCCAGCCCCGAGGUGCUCCCCGGGCCCCGUUUCUCCCACAGCUUCCCCCGCGUCGGAGACCACGUGGUGAGCGUGCAGGGCAAAAACCACGUGAGCUGGGCCCAGGCGCAGGUGCGCAUCAUGGUGCUGGAGGCCGUGAGCGGGCUGCAGGUGCCCAACUGCUGCGAGCCUGGCAUCGCCACGGGCACUGAGAGGAAAUUCACAGCCCGCGUGCAGCGCGGCUCUUGGGUCGCCUACGCCUGGUACUUCUCACUGCAGAAGGUCCAGGGCGACUCGCUGGUCAUCCUGUCGGUCGACGUCACCUACACGCCCGUGGCCGCGGGGCUGUUGGAGAUCCAGGUGCGCGCCUUCAACGCCCUGGGCAGUGAGAACCGCACGCUGGUGCUGGAGGUUCAGGACGCCGUCCAGUAUGUGGCCCUGCGGAGCGGCCCCUGCUUCACCAACCGCUCGGCGCAGUUUGAGGCCGCCACCAGCCCCAGCCCCCGGCGCGUGGCCUACCACUGGGACUUUGGGGAUGGGUCCCCAGGGCAGGACACAGAUGAGCCCAGGGCCGAGCACUCCUACCUGAGGCCUGGGGACUACCGCGUGCAGGUGAACGCCUCCAACCUGGUGAGCUUCUUCGUGGCGCAGGCCACGGUGACCGUCCAGGUGCUGGCCUGCCGGGAGCCGGAGGUGAACGUGGUCCUGCCCCUGCAGGUGCUGAUGCGGCGAUCACAGCGCAACUACCUGGAUGCCCACGUUGAGCUGCGCGACUGCGUCACCUACCAGACUGAGUACCGCUGGGAGGUGUACUGCACCGCCAGCUGCCAGCGGCCGGGGCGCCCGGCGCGUGUGGCCCUGCCCGGCGUGGACGUGAGCCGGCCUCACCUGGUGCUGCCGCGGUUGGCGCUGCCUGUGGGGCACUACUGCUUUGUGUUUGUCGUGUCAUUUGGGGACACGCCACUGGCACGGAGCAUCCAGGCCAAUGUGACGGUGGCCCCCGAGCGCCUGGUGCCCAUCACUGAGGGUGGCUCAUACCGCGUGUGGUCAGACACACAGGACCUGGUGCUGGAUGGGAGCGAGUCCUACGACCCCAACCUGGAGGACGGCGACCAGACGCCGCUCAGUUUCCACUGGGCCUGUGUGGCUUCGACACAGAGGGAGGCUGGUGGGUGUGCGCUGAACUUUGGGCCCCGCGGGAGCAGCACGGUCACCAUUCCACGGGAGCGGCUGGCGGCUGGCGUGGAGUACACCUUCAGCCUCACCGUGUGGAAGGCCGGCCGCAAGGAGGAGGCCACCAACCAGACGGUGCUGAUCCGGAGUGGCCGGGUGCCCAUUGUGUCCUUGGAGUGUGUGUCCUGCAAGGCGCAGGCCGUGUACGAAGUGAGCCGCAGCUCCUACGUGUACCUGGAGGGCCGCUGCCUCAAUUGCAGCAGCGGCUCCAAGCGAGGGCGGUGGGCUGCACGUACGUUCAGCAACAAGACGCUGGUGCUGGAUGAGACCACCACAUCCACGGGCAGCGCAGGCAUGCGACUGGUGCUGCGGCGGGGCGUGCUGCGGGACGGCGAGGGAUACACCUUCACGCUCUCGGUGCUGGGCCGCUCUGGCGAGGAGGAGGGCUGCGCCUCCAUCCGCCUGUCCCCCAACCGCCCGCCGCUGGGGGGCUCUUGCCGCCUCUUCCCACUGGGCGCUGUGCACGCCCUCACCACCAAGGUGCACUUCGAAUGCACGGGCUGGCAUGACGCGGAGGAUGCUGGUGCCCUGCUGGUGUACGCCCUGCUGCUGCGGCGCUGUCGCCAGGGCCACUGCGAGGAGUUCUGUGUCUACAAGGGCAGCCUCUCCAGCUACGAAGCCGUGCUGCCCCCGGGUUUCAGGCCACACUUCGAGGUGGGCCUGGCCAUGGUGGUGCAGGACCAACUGGGAGCCGCUGUAGUCGCCCUCAACAGGUCUCUGGCCAUCACCCUCCCAGAGCCCAACGGCAGCGCAACGGGGCUCACAGUCUGGCUGCACGGGCUCACCGCUAGUGUGCUCCCGGGGCUGCUGCGGCAGGCCAAUCCCCAGCAUGUCAUUGAGUACUCGCUGGCCCUGGUCACCGUGCUGAACGAGUACGAGCAGGCCCUGGAAGUGGCGGCAGAGCCCAAGCACGAGCGGCAGCGCCGAGCCCAGAUACGCAAGAACAUCACAGAGACUCUGGUGUCCCUGCGGGUCCACACUGUGGAUGACAUCCAGCAGAUCGCUGCUGCGCUGGCCCAGUGCAUGGGGCCCAGCAGGGAGCUCGUAUGCCGCUCGUGCCUGAAACAGACGCUGCACAAGCUGGAGGCCAUGAUGGGCAUCCUGCAGGCAGAGACCACCGUGGGCACCGUGACGCACACCGCCAUCGGAGACAGCAUCCUCAACAUCACAGGAGACCUCAUCCACCUGGCCAGCUCAGAUGUGCGGGCACCACAGCCCUCAGAGCUGGGAGCCGAGCUGGGAGCCGAGUCACCAUCGCGGAUGGUGGCGUCCCAGGCCUACAACCUGAUCUCUGCCCUCAUGGGCAUCCUCAUGCGCUCCCGCGUGCUCAACGAGGAGCCCCUGACGCUGACGGGCGAGGAGAUCGUGGCCCAGGGCAAGCGCUCGGACCCGCGGAGCCUGCUGUGCUGUGGCUGCACCCCAGGGCCUAGCUGCCACUUCUCCAUCCCCGAGGCUUUCAGCGGGGCCCUGGCCAACUUCAGUGACGUGGUGCAGCUCAUCUUUCUGGUGGACUCCAAUCCCUUUCCCUUUGGCUAUAUCAGCAACUACACCGUCUCCACCAAGGUGGCCUCGAUGGCGUUCCAGACACAGGCCGGCGCCCAGAUCCCCAUCGAGCGGCUGGCCUCAGAGUGCGCCAUCACCGUGAAGGUGCCCAACAACUCGGACUGGGCUGCCCAGGGCCACCACAGCUCCGCCAACUCCGUUGUGGUCCAGCCCCAGGCCUCCAUCGGUGCUGUGGUCACCCUGGACAGCAGCAACCCUGCGGCCGUGCUGCAUCUGCAGCUCAACUAUACGCUGCUAGACGACCGCUACCUGUCUGAGGAACCCGAGCCCUACCUGGCAGUCUAUCUGCACUCGGAGCCCCGGCCCAAUGAGCACAACUGCUCGGCUAGCAGGAGGAUCCGCCCAGAGUCACUCCAGGGUGCCAACCACCGGCCCUACACCUUCUUCAUAUCCCCAGGGACCAGAGACCCAGCGGGGAGUUACCAUCUGAACCUCUCCAGCCACUUCCGCUGGUCGGCGCUGGAGGUGUCCGUGGGCCUGUACACGUCCCUGUGCCAGUACUUCAGCGAGGAGGACGUGGUGUGGCGGACAGAGGCGCUGCUGCCCCUGGAGGAGACCUCGCCCCGCCAGGCCGUCUGCCUCACCCGCCACCUCACCGCCUUCGGCGCCAGCCUCUUCGUGCCCCGAAGCCAUGUCCGCUUUGUCUUUCCUGAGCCGACAGUGGAUGUAAACUACAUCGUCAUGCUGACAUGUGCUGUGUGCCUGGUGACCUACAUGGUCAUGGCCGCCAUCGUGCACAAGCUGGACCAGUUGGAUGCCAGCCGGGGCCACGCCAUCCCCUUCUGUGGGCAGUGGGGCCGCUUCAAGUACGAGAUCCUCGUCAAGACAGGCUGGGGCCGGGGCUCAGGUACCACGGCCCACGUGGGCAUCAUGCUGUAUGGGGUGGACAGCCGGAGUGGCCACCGGCACCUGGACGGCGACAGAGCCUUCCACCGCAACAGCCUGGACAUCUUCCGGAUCGCCACUCCGCACAGCCUGGGUAGCGUGUGGAAGAUCCGAGUGUGGCACGACAACAAAGGGCUCAGCCCUGCCUGGUUCCUGCAGCACAUCAUCGUCAGGGACCUGCAGACGGCACGCAGCGCCUUCUUCCUGGUCAAUGACUGGCUUUCGGUGGAGACGGAGGCCAACGGGGGCCCGGUGGAGAAGGAGGUGCUGGCCGUGAGCGACGCAGCCCUGUUGCGCUUCCGGUGCCUGCUGGUGGCUGAGCUGCAGCGCGGCUUCUUUGACAAGCACAUCUGGCUCUCCAUAUGGGACCAGCCGCCUCGUAGCCGUUUCACUCGCAUGCAGAGGGCCACCUGCUGCGUUCUCCUCAUCUGCCUCUUCCUGGGCGCCAACGCCGUGUGGUACGGGGCUGUUGGCGACUCUGCCUACAGCACGGGGCGCGUGUCCAGGCUGAGCCCGCUGAGCGUCGACACAGUCGCUGUUGGCCUGGUGUCCAGCGUGGUUGUCUAUCCCGUCUACCUGGCCAUCCUCUUUCUCUUCCGGAUGCCCCGGAGCAAGGUGGGCUGGGGCUGGGGACCCGGGAGUACUGGGAAUGGAGCCUGGGCCUCGGCACCAUGCCCAGGGCCGCCACUUUCCAGUGCUGCAGCCACAGGGAAAGGCGUCCACCAAAGGCUGCUCGGGAAGGGUCAACACACUUGAGCAGCCUUAGCUAGACUGACCAGGGAGAAAGAGAGAAGACUCAGAAGCCAGAAUCGUGAAAGAACGAGGGCACUUCGCUAAGCAGACGCCACGGACAACUGCACAGCAGCACGCCAGAUAACUCAGAAGAAGCAAGCACGCGGCUGUGCACGCUUCCAAAAUGCACUCCAGAAGAAAAACUCAGUAAAUCUAUAGCAAGUGAAGAGGCCGAGUUAGUCCCUUAGAAACCUCCCAGUGGCCGGGCCGGGUGUGGUGGCUCACGCCUGUAAUCCCAACACUUCAGGAGGCCAAGGUGGGCGGAUCUGAGUCCAGGAGUUUGAGACCAGCCUGGGCAACAUAGCAAGACCCCAUCUAUAUAAAACAUUAAAAAGGGCCAGGCACAGUGGCUCACGCCUGUAAUCCCAGCACUUUGGGAGGCCGAAGCGGGCAGAUCAGUUGAGGUCAGGAGUUCGAGACCAGCCUGGCCAACACAAUGAAACCCCGUCUCUACUACAAAUACAAAAACUUAGCUGGGCAUGGUGGCGGGCGCCUGUAGUCCCAGCUACUCGAGAGGCUGAGGCAGGAGAAUGGCAUGAACCCAGGAGGCGGAGCUUGCAGUGAGCCGAGAUUGCGCCACUGCACUCCAUCCUGGGCAACGGAGCAAGACUCUGUCUCCAAAAAAAAAAAAAAAAAAAAAUCCCACAAAGAAAAGCCCAGGCUCAGAGCCUUCAUGAUAGAAUUUUUCUAAGCAGUUAAGGAAGAAUUAACACCAAUCCUUCACAGACUCUUUCCAAGAAUACAGCAGGUGGGAACUCUUCCCAUUCAUACGGAAAUGGGAGGCCGCACCCCUUAGGAAUACACACGUGGGGUCCUCAAGAGGUUACAUGCAAACUAACCCCAGCAGCACACAGAGAAGGCGCAUAAGCCGCAACCAGGAGGGGUUGCUCCCGAGUCCAUGGCAGGAACCAGAGGCCACAUGUGGCUGCUCGUAUUUAACUUAAUUAAAAUGGAACGAUGGCCCGGCGCGGUGGCUCACACCUGUAAUCCCAGCACUUUGGGAGGCCGAGGCGGGCAGAUCACUUGAGGUCAGGAGUUCCAAGACCAGCCUGGCCAACACAGUGAAACCCUGUCUCUACUAAAAAUACAAAAAAUUAGCUGGGCAUCGUGGCAGGCACCUGUAAUCCCAGCUACUCAGGAGGCUGAGCCAGGACAAUCGCCUGAACGCGGGAGGUGGAGGUUGAAGUGAGCCGAGCUCGUGCUAUCACACUCCAGCCUGGGCAAUAAGAGUGAAACUCCGUCUCAAAAAAAAAAAAAAACCACACGAAAAUAAAACAGCAUUUAGAGUUGAAAGCUUCACCUUCCCCUCUGGAUGGUGAGUCCUCACUCUCCCAGCAGCCCACACCUCUGCCUCAAACCUCCAUGGCUCCCAUGAGUCUGGAUAAAGCUAAGGAGUCUCACUGCACCUCAAGUCCUGGGGGUAGUCAGCCCCUCUCACCCCUCCCUCAUCCUCUCACACAAGAGUCAUUUACUGUCCCUCCAAUUAUGCCCGGUCAUGCAGACACUCUGCUGCUCGAAUGCCCUCACCCCAUCCUCAGCCUGCUCCCAGGCCACCUCCCUCCAGAAUCCACCUUGCCUGCCAGGUGGCCAUAGGGACCCUCGCCAUACUGUCUGCUUGUGGCAGUGCCCUCCAGCCUGGGGGGUCUUCCAGAGCAGAUAUCUGGCCAAGCGCAGUGGCUCAUGCCUGUAAUCUCAGCACUUUCAGAGGCCAAGGCAGGUGUAUCACCUGAGGUCAGGAGUUCGAGACCAGCCUUGCUAACAUGGUGAAACCCCGUCUCUACUAAAAAUACAAAAAUUAGCCAGGUGUGGUGGUGGUGCAUGCCUGUAGUCCCAGCUACUCAGGAGGCUGAGGCAGGAGAAUCUCUUGGACCCGGGAGGUGGAGGUUGCAGUGAGCCGAAAUGGUGCCACUGCACUCCAGCCUGGGCAACAGUGAGACUCUGUCUUAAAAAAAAAAAAAAAAGAAAGAAAAA